AUGCCUCCGAUACCAUGGCGAGUACAGACGACAAGCCAUCCCGGCUCUACAAGGGAUGAGAUCGAACAAGAGCCCGACUGGAACGCCGAGCAUCGACAUGAGCAUCGUAUUGGGUACAAAAACCGCUACGAUCGGCUACCUGGUGUCACGCACGAGCGGGAUGAACACACCCAAAUUGACGAUGUCGAGCAAGCCCGAGAGGGGUACGAGAAGCUGAUAAAGGAGGCUAAGCAUGGAGAUCUUAUCAACUUCCGCGAUAUUGUACUGAACGAGAACGACUUACAUCUUCGGCACCCGGAAAAUCGAAGUCUUGGGUGGCGGUUCGUUCUGCAAUGCACGGAGGAUUGGGUCAAGAAUAAGGAAGAUUGGCCAGCUAACAUUCAAAAGCGGAAGAAAGAGGAAGAAGCUAAGAAAAAGGAAGAUGAUGAGAAAGGAGCUGACUCUAGUACCUCAAAGCAAGACGAUGGGCAUCUAGACGAAGAAAAAUGGAAACGAGAGAAUGGUGAGGGUAGCAAGCAUCACGAUGCGUACUCAGGGAACGCGGAUGACUCCGGAUAUUCAAGUGAGGAGUCUGACAAGCAAAAGACUGGGUAUGAGAAGUUACUCGAGCGAUAUACGCCCCAAGAAAUAGCUCUCUUGAAGGCAUUGCAGCAUGAGAAGGACUAUAUCCAUAAUCUGGAGCAAAACGAUGGCAAGAGAAAAAGCCCACAGACACACAAUCGCAGCACCAUCUCCAUCGACGAAGCUGACCAAUUCUCUCCUGACAACUGGCUACCACGCUCUUCAGAUCUGAUCAGACUGACGGGUAAGCAUCCACUCAAUGCCGAAGCGCGGUUGUCACCACUGUUCGACGCUGGGUUGAUUACACCGAAUGAGCUUCACUACGUCAGAAACCAUGGCGCGGUCCCCAGAAUUCUUUGGGAGUUUCACGAGCUAGACAUUGAGGAUGGCAAGCUCGUCUUGUCAAUGGAGGACUUGAAGAACAACUUUGAGCCAAUCAACAUUGCGGUAGCGUUGGCAUGUGAUGGCAAUCGUCGCAAAGAGCUCAACAUGAUCAAGAAGUCAAAGGGCUUCAGCUGGGGCUCGGGCGCUAUAUCAUGCGCAUAUUGGAAAGGACCACUAUUGCGAGACGUCCUCCUGAAAGCCGGAAUACCACACACUAUGCCGCGAGGCAAACGCUACUGGGUCAAUUUCGAAGGCGCAGAUGAGCCCAGCGAGGGCAAAUACGCAACUUGCUUGCCAUUUGACUAUGCGAUGGACGCGACAAACGAUGUCAUAUUGGCUUAUGAGAUGAACGACGUACCACUACCACCCGACCAUGGCUAUCCGGUUCGUCUCAUGAUUCCCGGCUAUGUUGGCGGGCGCUGCGUAAAGUGGCUCAAGCGCAUCUGGAUAUCGGAAAAGGAAAAUGACUCGCAUUAUCACAUUUGGGACAAUCGAGUGUUACCCGCUUUCGUAACGGAGAAGGAUGGCGAGUUCGCAGAAGCACUGUUCAGACACCCCGACACAGCAUGCAAUGAGCAGAAUCUGAACUCAGUCAUUGUCAAGCCAGCGCAAGGCGAAAAGAUACCUCUGUCAUCCGCCAGGAAGGGGGAAACCUAUCGCAUCGAAGGGUACGCAUACGACGGGGGAGGUCAUGAAGUCCAGCGCGUGGAAGUCUCCCUGGAUGACGGCGACACUUGGCUUUACUGUAUCCGCAAGUUCCCAGAUGCACCAAUCCGCCACGGCAACAAGUUUUGGACAUGGCUACACUGGCAUGUGGAUAUUGAGAUCUCGCAUCUAUUGCGAGCGAAGACCAUCACUGUGCGCUGCUUCAACGUGUUCAAGAACACGCAGCCAAAAGAGCCAAACUGGAACGUCAUGGGUAUGAUGAAUAACUGCUGGUACAUCGUGAGACCAGAAAUCAUACAGGACUCAGAUGCGGACACACCCUCAAUCCUGUUCCGACACCCCGUAGAGCCUGGUACAGCGGACGGCGGAUGGAUGAAACCCAGUGUGGAGAAUCAGAUUGCGAGUGCGAAGCAAGAUGCUGGGGCGCCACAGAAGCAGUUCACGCGUCAAGAAAUUGAAAAGCACGACAAGGAAGACGACUGCUGGAUUGUUGUGGAUGGGAAAGUUUAUGAUGCGACAAGUGUUUUGGAGUGGCAUCCAGGUGGUAAGGCUGCAGUGCUUGGUCAUGCCGGUAAGGUGCAUGCAGAGACUAGCAGUGAGUUUGAGAGUAUACAUGAUGGGUAUGCGUAUCAGAAGCUAAAAGAGUGCAUCCUGGGUACAGUGACCGAUAAAGCCGCCGCUUUCAUCAAGACACAGGCCGAAGCAGCCGCAAAAGAGCAGGCAGAAUCAUCCAACGACUCAGGGAAGAUUGUGCUGCAAACGCACCGAUGGGUUCCAGUAAAACUCAUCGAUCGAAAGCCGCUCUCAGAUGACACGCGCGCAUACACCUUCGAGCUACCAGAUGGCAAACCAGAUCUCGGUCUCGGGACAUGCCAGCACGUCCAACUCGGUUUCCAUCUCCAAGAUCGCAUGCUCAUCCGAUCGUACACGCCCACAAAACCUCUCCUGCCAGACUCAUCAAACCAGACAACCAAUGCGGAUGAUCAUGGCACACAUGAUGGCUCCGGAACAUUCGAACUUACCGUAAAGACAUACUUCCCGACCGACGCCCAACCAGGCGGCGCAAUGUCUAACAUCCUCGAUUGUAUGCCCAUCGGCGAAGAGAUAGAGAUCCGCGGGCCGACUGGAGAAAUAGUUUACAACGGAAAUGGAUCGUUCAAAAUAUCUGGGAAGGAGUAUAAGUUUAACAAAAUCAAUCUCAUCCUAGGAGGUAGCGGUAUCACACCAGGCUACUCGCUAAUAGCACGGGCUCUACUCUCCUCAGACGAUGAAACUGAAAUUCGCGUCGUUGAUGCGAAUAAAAGUGAGAAGGACAUCUUGCUCAAGGAUGAGCUGGACAAGUUUGAGAAAGACAGCGAUGGAAGAUUGAAGAUCACGCAUGUCUUGAGUCAUCCGAGCAAUGAGUGGAAGGGCACGAAGGGACAUGUAAAUGAGGAUAUCAUCAAGGAAAGCUUGUUUGAGCCGGGUGAGAAAACGGGAGUAUUUUUGUGUGGGCCGCCGGCUAUGAUUCAGAAGUCGGCGCUUCCCGCGUUAAGGGAUUGGGGGUUCAAGGAAGAUGAGAAUGUUUUCGGGUUCUAG